GUAUCCAUUUGUGAAAGAAGCUUAAUACUCCGACGACCAUUACAUAGGAAUGUUGCAAGUCCAGAAGUCUUUUCAUCCGCCACAAAAGUGAUAGAGGUUUGCAUGAGACCAGAUGCACCAAGCCGUGGCCAUCAAAAGUGUCGAUACUCAAGAGACAUCGUCCUUCCUACGCGCGUAAUAAAAAUCAGCAGUCAGACUGCACAGCUACAGAUAAACCAGACAGAGACUCGGGGGUCAUAUCUUGCCUUGAGCUACUGUUGGGGUAAACCGGACCCAAAAAAGCAAAGUCGGCUAUCAGAACUACGCCUGAACAACGAGCAAGAUCUACUAAAAGAGAUCAAACUUGAAGAGUUGGAGCAGUCUGUCCAAGAUGCAAUUCGCGUAACCAGAGAACUGGGGUUUGUCUAUCUCUGGGUGGAUAGACUGUGCAUCGUUCAAAACUGUCCCGAAGACAAGAGAAAAGAAAUCUCCAAGAUGGCGACAACGUACAAGAACGCAGCGAUCACGUUGGCUGCUGGGACUGCGACAAGAGCAUGUGAAGGAUUCUUGGGAAGCUUGCCUGACAAGAGUCCUACGUAUCUGCCGGAGCAUAAGUUCGACAUACCGAUGAAGGACGGUCGUAUUGGAACUGUCUAUCUGUCAGGAAACCCGUAUCAGCUCGAUCAUCCCCUUGACAAAAGGGGCUGGACUCUUCAGGAGUAUAUGCUGUCGUCCCGGAUGCUCAUUUUCUCAGACUACCAACUCCUUUGGCAGUGCCAGGAGACCGAACUGCAGAGUGUCACGGGAAAUAAUGCAGGUAUAGAAUAUCAACAGCAUCUUGAGUCAUUACCGUGGGCUUCUUUCGACGACGAGGGUGAGCCGUCCUACGGAACGCAUGAUUCGGAGAAACUAUAUCUGUGGAAGACCAUAAUCAUUCAAUACACACGAAGAGAACUAAAGGAUCCCGAAGAUAGACUACCGGCGGUCACGGGUAUCACAGCUGAAUUACAAAAGGUUUGGCGGGACUCGCAUAUCUACGGUCACUGGGAGCGAUGGUUCAUUCAACUUCUGGCUUGGUACAAGCCAGAUAACGAUAGAGUAGGGAAAAGACAUCUCAAAAGAGCUCCCAGCUGGUCCUGGGUUUCAGUCAAUGGUGGGAUCCGAUACGAAGACCCGAUAGAAAUCGAGGACGCGAAGAUCGAGAUUCUGACAGCAGCCAAGGUUAGACUAUCCUGCCGGAUACUUCAGUUCAGCGAUAUAGAUCUUCCUAAGCGGUGCACGCUGUCAACGAGGUUGGAUCUUGUUGAAUCAGCUUCGGAUAUGGAAUUCACGGGGAGGAAAUGCGAGUAUCUUCUCCUGGGUAAAGCCGGCAGCUAUCAUGAAGAACAGAGCGGACUGGCUUUGAUCAUACUCAAAACGCCCGGUGGAAGUUAUAGGAGAGUCGGUUUAGCGCUGUUUGAAGAUAUGGCAGUUUGGAAUGGCGUCAAGUUCCAGAUUAUUGAUCUGGAGCCGAAGGAAAAGUAGGUCAGCGGUUCAAAGACUUUUUAACUAUCUAGU